AUGGCUGCGGAGACCAUCAUCAAGUCCCUUGUUAGGUUAGAAGGUGGUAGUCCACCUCUUGUGGAGUUGCUUGAAUUUGACAAUGCUAAAGUUCAACGAGCAGCAGCAGGGGCAUUAAGAACCCUUGCGUUUAGAAAUGAUGAUAACAAGAACCAAAUAGUUGAUCGUAAUGCUCUUCCAACGCUUAUCCUAAUGCUAGGAUCAGAAGAUGUUGCAAUACAUUAUGAAGCGAAGGUCCUUGAUGCCGGGGCCUUGCAGCCUAUCAUCAAUCUUUUCAGGCACACAUGGUGCAAAAAGGGGGGGGGGGCUGUCUGCCCUUUGAUCGAGAUGCUUCAGUCACCUGAAGUUAAGUUGAAGGAAAUGUCAGCCUUUGCAUUGGGGAGACUGGCACAGCUUCUUCAUUCAGGAAAUAGAUCUCUGCAACACAAUGCUGCAUUUGCUCUUUAUGGUCUUGCUGAUAAUGAGGUGGGAGGCGUCCAGAAGCUUCAAGAUGUUAAGUUUAUUGUUCAUUCUCCCAAAGUGGAAAGCAAAUCUAUUGAGGAUAGUGAACUCAGACUGACUCUCGUGUCACCAACUGACUCAGCAAGUAACGGUUCAUUGAAGCAGGAAGCAGUGUUUGACAAUUCAAACCUCAAUGAUUAUGAGCUUAGGAUGGUUGAACCUGCUGAGUUAAAGCCAGCCAAUGAGGCAAGAGAAUCUGAGUUUAGGUCUCCUACGGAUGCAAAUGAUGGAAGGAGGAUUAAGCCAACGCAAGGGUUUAAUAAUGGAUGA